UCGACCACAGCACCAGUAACCUUGUCUGAUGUGAUCAUUAACCUUUCUGGAAAAUGCAGCUGGCAGUUCUCUGAGGCUCGUCAUUAGAAUGUGAGGAAAGCCACACAGAUAUUGCCCAGACUAUUCAAAGAUUGUUUGGUUUACACUGAGAGCUAUUGCUCCGCUUCCGUGCGGCAGAAAAAUGAGGUUGCAACAAUUCUUUUGUGUAUUUUUUAUUUUUGUGAUGAGUCUUCUUCUUAUCAACGGACAGAGACCAGCUAAUUUGGCGUUGAAAAGAAAAUUGCACAGACACAACUGCCUUCAGAGGAGAUGUAUGCCACUCCAUUCACGGGUGCCCUUCCCCUGAGAUCUUAAGCUAACUUCACCUGGUCUGCCAGAAGAGGAGUGGAUAAAACAUACCCACCCACACCAUAGUGUGAUUGCUUAGAAGUUCCUGUACAAAAAGGAAUCAUUUGAAAGCACCUGCGAUGGUUUCUUAGUUUUACAGGAUUCUCUUUUUCCUGGUUUCUCUUUAGAGGGGAAAAUAACAUAAAUUCAAAAACAAUUCCAAUCCGAAGCACAGUUAUUUGCUUAUGUAACAAAAUCUCUCAUCUUUUUCUGUAUAUUACUAUUCUUAGGUGAGUGAAAAAGAAAUAUACUUUUUAAUGUCUUAGAACUCUGUAAUAAUCAAAAGUACAAGAAUUAAAAUUUUUCUUUCAUAUUCCUAUAAUUCUCCAAAAUUAAAAUA